AUGCAAAGUGUUGAGAAGCGGCCUGAGCAUUCUCAGUGUUCAAGGUGGAGUUGCGCUUUGAUUCUCGUGCGGAUGAGAUUUGGAGAAACGAGGCAGCAUCACGUGAAGCGACCCAAAAGCCUCAGAAUCGGAAGAUCCGCCUCUCGAGAGGGAGCAUUUUUUUCUUCUUUUCGCCUGUUGGUCAGCCAUCGUGUGAGAAGGCCGCCAUUUGCUACUGCGCUUUUUUUAGAGCGAUUCCGAAGAAGAAUUGCCAAUUUUGACAGACACUCGGACGACCCGUUGCUCGAGUUCGGAUGGUCCGUCAUCACCAUCACUCUUUCUAAUCACCCUUUGCGUCGAGCAGCAACGCGAUCAGCAGCCAUGUCUGCCAAUAGGAACCUCACGCGCGCAUUGCGUCCGCUCUCGCACGCCAACGCUUCCACAUCCACACAGGCGCUAUGCCACUCGACUCGAUGCCGACAGCUUCCAUCGCAUAGCCGUUCCGCUUCCACCGCCGUCGCUUCUUCCUCCAGCAGCAGUACCGCCGAUAUUGCGGCGUCAGCAUCAUCCUCGAGUUACGUUCACGAUCCCACGCCCAACGUCCACCUUCCUCGCUUGGCACGCACCGAACCCGAACUGUACGCCGCUGUACGACCACCACCUCUCUCGGCCUUCGCUGCGUUGACCGCACGUCUCGGUCUGCUCCCCUCCUCGCUCGAUGCAGAAUCGCGCGAUCGUCGCAUACGAUUGGUGCACCAGGCAUGCACGCAUCCAUCCUUCCAGUCGCUCGUGGACCAGGUCAACGCAUCUGCCAAUCUGCAGCUCGAUCCUGCAGCGGCUGUUUCCGGGUUGGCCAAGAAGCAGGGUGCGACCGCUUUGGAUGCCGCACAGUUCCUGACAACGCCGAAGGAGGCACAGGGUGUGGAGCACCACGCGGCGCUGGCGACGGUGGGUAAUUCGCUGUUGGGCAUGCUCGCGACCGAACACCUUCACCUGCGAUACCCCAACCUGCCUACACGCGUUCUCAAAGCUGCCGUUUCUGCGUAUGUCGGCCCCUCCACGCUCAGCGACGUCGCCUCCGAACUCGGUCUCGCAGCGCAAAACAUCUUGCGGUGGAACAAGCAGUCUCGCGUACCCACCAACGGUCUCACCCAAAAGCGCGGCGGUCGCGGAGCCACGCCGCGCAGCAGCACCUCGUCCAACACCAUGCGUACGCUCCUCUCGCGCGACGUCUCCGCCGACGCCAUGCGAGCCAUCAUCGCAGUCAUCUUCCAAGAACAGGGUCUCUCCUCCGCCCGAUCCUUCGUCACGUCGCACUUCCUAUCGCGCGGCCUCAACCUCGCCUCGCUGCUCAAAUUCAUCGACCCCAAACACGCGCUCUCCUCCACCUGCGCCAAGUACGGCAAGCAACCACCGCAGUCGAGGAUGAUCGCCGAGAGCGGAAGGUUGAGCAUCAGCCCCGUGUUCGUAGUGGGUGUGUGGAGCGGAGAGACCAAGUUGGGCGAGGGCAGUGGGAGCAGCAUCAGGAUGGCGGAGUUCAGGGCGGCAGAGGAUGCGUUGAGGAGGUUGUAUUUGGCAGAGACGCCGCUGGGAGAGUUUGAUCUGCCGAGCUGUACGUUGGAUGGCGAGUUUGAGGGGAAGGUGGGUGGUAAGGUGGAGGCGAGGCAGUUUAGGCCGCAGCCGAUCGGCGAGUCGGAGGUGCUGGCUGCAGCGGGUAAGAGCAGGUCGUAG